AUGUAAUACUAGAGAAUGAUUGGUUAAUAGGCUACGAGUGCUGAAUUGGGUUUGGCUAAGCAAAAUAAGAGUUAAAUAAGAAUCAAUUAGUGCAAAUACGAAUCAUCUCUUUAAGAUAUGUUACCAAAGAGAGACGAUAUUUAUAAAUAUAGAAGAAGGCCUUCCCCAACCAGAAAUCAAAGCAAAAGAGACCUAUUAAGUCAUUCGGUAGAUUUUAUUAAGCCUCCACAUGUCGAAAGAGAUUGUUCGUUUAAUAAUUUUCAUAAGAAAACUAGUUAAUCUGGAUUUUAUAAGAGACCCUAAGUCUCCAUUUCCUUAACCAGAAUGAAAGAAAACGAAGCUGCCAACAGAAUGUUCGAUUAUUCCAAUAAGGAAAAUGAGAUCUACAACCUAAUUAGUAAGCAAAUACAGAGAAAUCCAAUAACUGGCAAUGGAUUGCCCAAUUAGUGUAAAACUGGGAUAAAAUGCAAUACUUCAAAGAGAUCUCAUAUGGAUGAAAUUCUAUUCUAAGGAUUUGAAUGGGCGAAAGAAGUGGGAUAUUAAAUUGUGAUUUAGUUUUAAUUAUUUUGGUAUCAUUCAAUUAGUUCUCUUAAAACAUAUUAUUAUUUGUCAUCUAGAUUAUCUAAAUAUUAUAUUAAUUAAAUUAUGCAUAAAAUUCUGUUCGAGAAUAAGCUAUCUACUCAAUCUCCUUUUAGUCCUUUUGGUUCUUCCAAAAACUCAAAGCCAGGCAUAAUAACAAAGAUAAAAAAUAGGAUUUAAGAUCUGUUCCAGCCCUCCAUCAAGCCAGCAAGUUCAAUUUAACGGAUACAAUGCUAUAAUGAUCAAAAUUUAGAUAAAGAACUAUCCUACUAAUUUAAAAAUAAUCUUGUAAUUGUAGAUCACAUUAUACCUAACAAGGAGUAUAUGCCCACUUUAAAACGCAAGUCCUUAUAUCCCUUUGAUUAAUAUCUCAAGGAACUUGACCAAAAUCAAAAUUAAAUAUCUGACGAAGCCAUUAUCAAUUAAUAGAUCUAAUAAAAAGAUUAGGAACCCCAGCUUCCAGAAUCCAAGCAGCAAAUGAUGUUUAAAAAAAAUCAUGCUAAAAAUCAAAAAUCAAGAAAAAUGGAAGGCAACUCAUAAAAAAGAGACUUUUUAUUUAAUAAAAAAUCCUUGAAUUUAAAUGAUGAAUUGAAAUAAGAAAAUUCAUCAGGUUUCCUGUCCAAUCAUUCAAUUAAAAAAAUUAAGUGCUCAGACAACACCAUCGAAAUUGCAAGUCCUUCUUAGAAAGAGGAAUAGUCUAAUGGAUAAAUGUCUCAAAUAAAUUAAUUUGAAAUUUAAUCUAUUGCAAUCAUUAAAUAAAAUUAACAAAUUGGUUGUCAAUAAUUGAGUGAUUAAAAAAAUAGGAUUUCUGAAACUCAAAAUAGACAUUCUUGCAACAUCGUUAACUUCAAAUAAUUUAUUUAAGAAAAUUAAUAUUUUUCAAGUUCUACUGGCACUAAUACAAAGGGAGAAACUUAAGAGGCCAUAUUCAAUAUGGAACAUAUUUCCUUUUCUUAAGAAACUGAUUCCUCAAUUUCAGAGGAUAAAUACUCUAAUGAUAAUUCUCUUGAAAUUUAAAAUAAGCUAUAUUCUAUUUUUCAUCCUGAUUUUGCCCAAAAAGGAAAUGUCAAUUCAAAUUAAGAUUUAGAACAAAAUAAAACUCCAGAAGAACUUAAAAAUAAUCAAAUUUUAGAUAAAAAUUAAUUAUCUAAUGACAUUUUAGAAUCAUCAAAGUAAAUUAAGAAAUAAAGAAAUUUGAGAUUAUAAUCCGAAAUUAUAAGUCUCUCAAUCUAAUGUAAUCCCUAAACUCAAAACAAAAACUAGAAUUAAAUACUGUAAUCUGAAGUCCAAUUUCAAUAAGAUGAAUAGAAAUGUUAAACUAAAUCAUUCAUUACAUCAUAAGAGAAUUCUUGCGAUAAUCAUAGCACUCAAAAUGUGUUCCUAUCUAAUCCAUCUUAGAAGUAAGAUUAAGAACAAAUUGUAAAAGAGUAAAACAAAAACUAAAUUUAAUAAUAAUAACUACAAAGUGAAUCAAUUUUUUAGAAGGAAUUGAAGUUCAUAGAUGAUAAACUUGAUAGUCCAUAAUCUUAAAAUACCUUAUUGUCUAUGAAUUGUGAAAGCACAAUAAUUAACUCCAAUAUUAUACAAGAAAAUGAUAAACCAAAAGAAAUGAAUAUGAAGUCUAAUUAGAUUUUAAAAGAAAACAACCCAUUUUUAGAAACUAUUUCUAAUAUUAGCUAAGACUAAUUCAGUUAAUAUUUUUAGUAAGCUCUGUUAACAGGAAAUUCUUAAAAUCAUUUAAACUAACAGUAAAUUACUAAAGAUCAAAAUCAGAGAGAUUUAUUUAAAAUGCAAACCAAUAAUUAGCUUUUCGAUUUUAAUGUACUUGUAGAAAAUUAAGAUUUAUAAGUGUAAAAUGAUAAUCUAUUUGCCUAAUAGUAUUAUGCUUAAAAGAACGAUUAAUGCUAGAAUUAUAAUAAAAUGGAAAUCAUAGAUCAAAUUCUAUUACCAGAUUAAUCUAAUUUAAUCUAACAAAAUAUUUAUCAACAACCAUAUUAAAUCUACUAUUCACCGCCUUUUGAUUAGAAAUUUUACUGCCAACCUGCUACCUUUUAGUAAUCUCAACCAAGUAUUCCAUGGGUUGGUUACUAGUCACCUAUUUCGUAAUAGACUCCUUAUCCAUAAAUGCAGUAAUCUUCAUUUCAAAUAUCAAGCAUUAAUCUAUUCUAAUCAAAUUCCUCUAUGGUCAACUCCAACCCAAACUGUUGUUAAGAAGAAAAUCCAAUCAAUCAUAUCUAUACUAAAUAGGAUGUACUUUCCUUUUUCCAAGAUCCUAACAAGAAAUAAGACUAAAAUCUAUUUACAUUAGAUUCCAAUUAAAACAGUAAUACUUAAGCCUAGAAUUUAAAUAACAGCUUUACCAGGGGAUAUAAAAAGAAGCAACGCAUUAAUAAUAGCUGA